AUGAAAUCGAAGGCGGACCAAGAACCAAGCAUCAUGGUACAAUUUUUCGACAAUUAUACCAAUAUUCUAAAGAAUUGCCAAGAUUUUCCGCCUAGAUUACUUCAACUUUUUCAGCAUUAUCAAAUCGACCCAGAAAAAGUCAAUCAAGUACAAAAAUUAUUCAAUAAACGGGUUAAACUAUCGACAAUUCUUGAAGAAAUGAAUUUUCCGAAGUAUUUUGACGGUGAUUUCAUUAUAGCAAACAUAGUUAAGACUCAAGAAACGAAAAUUCAACAAAAUAUGAUUGAUUGUGGUAUCAUUCUCUCUGCUCUUGGAUUUCUUAUACUUCCAAAAGACCAAUUUCAAGUGCAUCCUUUACAUAAUAUUUUAUUAUCAUUUCAACACAUUGAAUUGAAACUAUACGAAGACGUCAAAUGCUAUAUUACGCCAUAUUUAAUACAAACAGCUAUAGAUUACCAUCUUAAUUCCGAAAAUAUUUUUCAAUCCGCUUUAAUUAUACUUUUGAAUAGAAAAAGCAUAACACUAGAUAAUCCAAUGGAAGCAGCUUGCAUCAAAAAAUCAUUUUCACGCCUUUUACAGCUUCAAAACAUAACUCCUACGUCAUUUGAAUUAAUGAUACAAAUUUUCGAUUCCCCUUUUGCAGAAUCCAUAGACCUCCAGAGUGAUUACAUGAAGAAAAUGUUAAUGGAGAAGUUUCUUACCAUUAUUAUUCCUUCAAUCAAACUUUUCUUAAAAAUUUGUCACAAAUUACCAAACGAAGCUGUUCAAUCUGUAGUAGAAAAUAUGGUCGAAUACAUUAAAUCGCUAAAACCGCCAGAAUUUAAUGUAAUUUUGGAUCCAGUUCAAAAUAUACCAAAUUUUCCAUCCGAAAUUGUUGGGAACGCUCCUGUUGAACCAUUUGUUGAUACCAGACCUCCUUUAGUUAUGAAAUCUGAAAUCCGAGGAGUUAUGACUGAUGCAGAAUUAUUUUCCACAGUUUUAUCGAAAAGUACUCUAGAUGUGCUCGAAGGAAUAAUUUCUGCAAUGCAUAUUGCCAAAAUAAGCAUGCAAUCAAAGAUUUUUGAGCAAAUGCACGAAAUAAUUUCGAAAUCUUCUGAAAACCACAUCUUGUAUCUAUGUGAAAUAUCCGUAAUUUUGCUCAAACAGUUCCCUCGUUGGGCUCAUUUCUUCGAGGAAACGUUCUUUAACUCAAAAGUUUUCAUUCCGACUCAAACUCUCUUCGGACCACAGAUAAUUAACCCUGUUUUAUCGUCACUACGAACAAAUGUUCUCAAUUUAAUGGCAAAAAACCAAAACCAUACUUUAAUUAACUUAUUACUUCAGAAAUUUGCCAAUUUUCCAUUUUUCAUUGCAGAUUUGACAGCCAGAUUGAAUUGGUCGACGAUUUCCAAUCCAAAUGUCUUUACAAAUACUACUUUGGAUAUAAUUUUUAAAGCUUUGACAAAAAUCCUCAAAAUUCUUCCUAAUUUUGAGACAGAAUGCUACGAUGCCAUCAUAAGUAUUGUUUCCUUCAUCACUAUCUUCAUAUCUACCUCCAAUUCUUGGACAAAAGCUUCAUCAUUUCUCCAAAAGUAUUUGUACUUAUCAACAGACUCCCUCCUUCAAGAAAUUGUCUUAUCCCACCUGGAAAUACUACUUAUGAGGGCAACUUGUCAAUUUGAGAUACCUUUAUCUGAUUUAUUGGAUCAAUUAUCAAAAGAUAACACAGAAAAGAGCAACAACCUUAUCAGAAGGAUCCUUAUAAUAUGUUGUAAUGCAUCUCGAUACAAUGUUAAUGAUUAUGGCAUAAUUAAGCCACUUAUUGAUUAUUUCUUGUUAUAUCUUAUACGUUUUCCAUCGCAUGAGAUUCUUAUGCACAUAUUAUAUUUCUUCCAGGUCAAAACUGCUCAAUCCAAUGAUUUUUACAUCAAACCAAACCAAAUUCAAACUUUAGAACAAAUAUUAGACAUUUUAGAGCCGGUAAACAUAAAUAAUCAGACAUUAGAUAUGCUUCUUGCUUUAGUACAAGGGUCUACGUACUGUCCGAAGCCUUAUACAACAAUUUUAUUCAGAAGACCAAAAUUUGUCACUUUAAUAUUCAAAUUGUAUAGUAAAAAACGCGAUUUCUGGCGUGUACUUAAGAUCCUUAAUGACUGUAUUCUUACAACACCAGGAAAUUCCGAUCCUUUGGUGAAAGAAUCAAUAGAUUUAUUAUUAUUAAAAUAUCUUACGUCAGAAACAGAAGAAUCCAUUGUAUCAAUAUCAGAACUUACCAAAAUUACAAUGUUUAUACCAGAAAAUCAAAGAGAAAUUGUUUUUAACCUAUUUUCAAAUAUUAUUAACUUUGCUUCUCAUAAGGAGAGGACAAAUGCAUUGAUUAGUGAGUUAUAUUCGUAUUUUGGUAAGGGAUAUACUCCAAAAUCCUUAGAUUUCUUAAAUAGAAUUACAGAUUUAAUGAGUUUUCAACUGGCGAUGCCAUAUCCUGUAUUUAAUCCUGGUUGUGAUUUGAUUUUCACUGCUCUUGGUAACUUUACGAACUUCUUUUCGAAAGAUUUUACUUUUUCUGUAUGGUUGAAGGUCGAUCAGAAGCUAAUUCUGCCAGGAUCACCACCUAUAGAGCUCAUACAUGCUUACGAUAACCAAGGAGGGAUGUUUAUUAUACAGAUAAACCAUAAUCAAGUAGAAAUCGUCUUCCAAGACCAAGUAAAGCGAACAAAGGUAACUUUACUUGUUGAUCCAUUCAAGACUGUUCAGUGGGAACACUACGCAUUCUCUUACAACUUUUCGAAACAGAUGUUUACGAAUUAUUUCGGAAUUGAUAACUCGAGAAUGUCCGAAUUUUCCCGCCCAUCACUUGGAGAAAUCAAAACUAUAAAGUUUGGUAAAACGGACAUGGUUUCUGACGAAAUUAAUUCUUGUUAUAUCGGAUCUUUCGCUCUUUACGACCAUUUCAUCGAUCAAAACUUCGCAAAUAGUUUGGCAACACGUGAAACGCUCGGAAAUCCGAUUUGUUAUUCGGGGUGUUUCAAAAAAUUCGGAUCUAUCAAAUUUGAAAGCGGAAUCACUAUGCAUCCUAACGUUAAAUACUAUAAUAUGCCAUUUAUUGAGUAUGUCAGCCUUCCUAAGUACAGACUUUUACUUGUCAAAGUUUUUGAAAGUAAUACUGACCAAAAAUUCAAUAUUUUGAUGCUCAACCUGCUUCAACUGCUGACGCUUAAGGAUUAUCAUGAUUUUGACCUGGAGUGCGAGCGUUAUCUCUCAUAUAAUAUUGGAUUUUUGAUGAAAGAUUAUUUGAAAACUUUUUCAUCGUACAGAGCCUGCAAAGAAAUUGCAACAGUGGAUCCAACCGGAUUUUGGAUCAUGGAAUUGGUUAUCAAUCCUUGGAUUUGGGUAAAAACAAAAGAUUUUUCACAAAUUGUCAAAGAUUGGUCAAGAAAUGUCUUUGAUUUGGUCAGGAACUCUCCAAAUUUGCUAUCCACAUUAGCUGUUGACUACAUGUUAAUGUGCCAACACAAUAUGCUUUCAAAUGAACUGAAAAGUGAACUUGAAUUAGUAUUAAUCAGAAUGGGAUAUUGUAUAUCGACUCCUUUGCAUGCCAUGCGACUUGUUGGCCUGAUGCAAAUGAAUAUCGGAGAUGAUCUCAAAAUUAUUUUGUUAAGAACACUUUCGAACGUUCAAUUAAAGAAGAUAACCAUUAACCAGUUUUGGAAAUUGAUCGAAACUAGCUCAGAUCCUGUUUGUGUUGAAAUAAUUUUGAUGUUUUUACGGACAAUGCCACAUUCCUUCCACAUAGUAUCACUUGGAGUUGUCAAGAUGCUCAAAAACAGAUGCGGUCAGAUAUUUGAUUUGAUGUUUGGCUUGUUACCCGAACAUCCAGAUUUAUAUCCGCUCCUUCUAGGCCUCGCUUUAAGACCAGAAGAUGAAGAAAGGAGACAGAAAGUGUUUGCAGCGGAUCCGAUGCAGUUAACUGCAAUGGGUACAUGGUAUUUGUUCCCAAUCAUCAGCAUGUUCUUACCUAAUGCGAAUGUACAGACAGUUCUUAUGUGGAUUGUUACAAAUAUUACAUCUUCAAGCAAAGAUACUAUAACUGCCAUAUUCAGUCUCUUACUUUUGUUAUCUUCAAGGCAAAACCAUGAUAUUUUGACUCUUUUCAUUGAAAUGACCGGAGAAAUUGCAUUUGAGGGCAAACUGCUCGAACCAAAUUCACUGGACAGACUGUUUUUGUUCACUUUUGCUUCAAUUUUCUUCAGAUUCGAAAACGGAGUAACUGUAGCGAACAAAUCAACAGGAAUUGUCCAAACUUUCAAAGAUGUAUACACAUAUUCACCUGAUUCUGAUUCUGUUGCAAGUUUGCAUUUGAAUUCGAUUGAUUCUCUAUUUGAUAUUCUUUCUAGACAACUGGAAAGGCUUCCUUUGUACUUCGAUGUUAUUCUUGAUGACAAAUUGCAACUGAAACUUGAAGAAAGAGCUGUUGCUGCAUUGAGAUUGUUGGAGAAAUGUCCUUCAAGAAAAGAAUUCGGAAAUGUAAUCUACGCGUUUAGAACUAAGUCUCCAUCUCUAUCUCUUGAGCAAUUUAAGAGAAGAGAGAAAACAAUCGAAGAUGCAAAAGCUGAAUUUCAUCAAACAUUCACGGAGUCAUUGAAAUGGAUGAUAGGACAGAUAAUACCAGUCAAAAAUGACCUUCUUGUAAACAUUGAUGAAAGUUUUGAUCAAGAGGCUGCUAUUGCAAGAGAUUUAAUUCAGAAGAGAUCUGGAUAUGGUCACUUAUAA